GCCGGUUAAGAGUCUUGUCGUCUCAUCGGAAGACAAAUGUUGGGUAUCGUCUGGGUGUGCUUCUUAGUGACGCUGGCGUCGGGAGCGCCCGAGGCCGACACCACGCAGGGCCGGCUUCGGGGGAAAUACCGGACGACGCGGGGCAACCGCACAUUCAGCGCCUUCGAGGGCAUUCCUUUCGCUAAGCCACCCUUAGGGGCACUCAGGUUUAAGGCACCGGUCCCCGGGGAUAAGUGGGAUGGGGUCAAGGAGGCUACAGUCAUGCACAACGUGUGCCCCCAGAGGGAUAUCUACAGGAGGACUACGCUGAUCGAGGGAGACGAGGACUGCCUCUAUCUCAAUGUUUAUACGCCACAGGUUGGCAAAUCCGGGACCCCCCUUCCCGUCAUGGUCUUCUUUCAUGGGGGCGGCUGGUUGUGUGGCGGUGGGAAUUCUAUGUGGUACGGCCCUGAAAUUCUUCUUGAUCGUGAUGUAAUUCUUGUUGUUCCCAACUACAGAUUAGGUGCUUUGGGAUUCUUAAGCACAGAAGACGACGUAUGUCCCGGAAACAACGGCAUGAAAGACCAAAAUUUAGCUCUUAGAUGGGUUAAAGACAACAUUGAAGAAUUCGGGGGCGAUGCUUCCAAAGUCUCCAUUUUUGGAGAGUCGGCAGGAGGAGCAAGUGUUCAGUUGCAUAUGAUGUCUCCACUAAGCAAAGGUCUUUUCCAAACGGCCAUUUCUCAGAGUGGCACCGCACACUGCCUGUGGGCGGUGGCCCCUGAGGGUCAAGGGGUUAAAAAUGCCAAAAUGUUGGCGAAAGAAUUUGGUUGUAACACCGAGUCGAGUGAGGCCUUGGUCGAAUGUUUAAGGCAAAUCCCCGCGUAUGAUCUUGUUGCCAAAGACCAAAUUUUUAUGAAAUGGGACACCGAUCCUAUGAUUCCCUUCAAACCGACCAUUGAACCCGACUCGGAGGGUGCUUUCCUAGUCGAACAUCCUACCGAAACCAUGAAAAAGGGUACAUUUAGUGAAGUACCAUGGAUUGUGGGGCUGAAUACCAACGAUGGGGCGCUUCGCGCUGCUGGUAUUUUCGGCAAUCCAUAUUUAAUCGACGAACUUGAUGAAAAGUUUGAUGAAGUCGUACCGAUUUCACUACUCUAUGACGAGACGAGUACUAAGGUUAAAGAAGUGACGAACAAAAUUCGAAAUUUCUACUUCGGAUCAUCGAAAAUUACCGAAAAUUCGCGCUUUGACGUUGUGGAUAUGUAUACUGAUGGGUGGUUUCUGAAUGGUGCUGACGAAGCCAUUCGGUACUAUCUCAAAUAUAGCAAAAAGCCGGUUUAUUAUUAUUUAUUCGGCCAUCGCGGCGUUGCCAGUUUUACCGAAAUUUUCGGAGAUAAGGAAAAGGACUAUGGAGUCUGUCACGCGGACGAACUUCAAUACUUGUUUCCGGUUGGCGAUGGACUUUUCCCAGACAAACCUCCAAGUCAGGAGGACAAAAAAGUUGCCAAAAUUAUGACUACUCUUUGGGUCAAUUUUGCCAAAUUUGGGGAUCCGACUCCAUUUACCAAUGAAGACAUUCCAAAUAAAUGGACUCCUGUCACAAAUGAAGACAUGGACUACUACCACAUCAAUCUAGAUAGCCUGGAAAUGAAGCAAGGCUUAUUUAAAACGCGUACUGAAUUUUGGCGUUCUUUACCUUUACGUGCAACAAACGAAAUAAAAGACGAACUGUGAU